AUGUCGACAUUCACUAUGAAACUUGCGUCUGUCUUGGCUGGAGUCAGCGCAGCAAUGGCAGCUCCUGUAUCGGCUGACUCGAACACCAUGUUGGCCGUCAUGGGACAAGAUGCACUCGAUGCGCAAAGCUACUCCGCCUUCGCCAACUGCGUGCAAGGUCUACACUCCGCCUACAAAGCAUACGCAGAUGAGGGUGUCCUGGUAGUCAUCCCAUCCACCAGUCGUGCGAUUGACAUCAAUACCACGGACAAGGAGCUGUGGAGCUGCAUUGAAUCCUCCUCAAACACCGUCUCUCUCGCAACUGAAUCAAGCGAGUUCCACGACCAGGCCCACGAAGCAAGCACUGAUGUCAAGUCCAUUCAGCACACGGAUGCCGUGAACAUGGGCGUCACUGGGCAGAAAGUGGUUGAUCACGUUGUUGCCAAAAGGAACGCAUUAGAGAACCGCGACGCCGCCUACUACAAUGUCCACCAUUCCGAUGAAAAGACCUGCAAGGGGGACUUCAACCACUACUACCUUAAGACGUGCAACAGCUUCGCGAGUGCUUAUUCCUCCACGUUGGCGGACAACUUGGACGCAGCGAAGCAUUUGAGGUAUACCAUUUGGCCGCACCACUCGUGCGAAAAGGGAAACCAGAGAACCAUUAAUAUCAACCCUCAUUCGUCCAGCUCUUGCCAGGUCAGGACUACCUAUUCAUGGAAUGGAGUCUACGCUUAG